CCUGGCCCGGCAGGAGUAAUUCUGCUGGCUUUGUAGGUGAAGUUGAAGAUUUUAUAUUCAAAUUUACAUCGAAGGUUAGUUAGUUUGACCUUCCUAAAUUGACACUGAGGUAGUAAUAAUUGUGCCUUAAAAGGGAAGGCUCUUGUCUACUUUGUAGUUUUCAUUGCCAAGUCAAGCUGUUUUAACUACAUCAUUAAAAGCCAAUAGGGAAAAAAAUGGCACUCCAAAUAGUGAUGUUCCCAUGGUUUGCUUUUGGCCACUUCAUCCCAUUUCUCAAUCUGUCGAAUGAACUAGCAAAAAGAGGUCACAAAAUCUCAUUAUUGUUGCCAAAAAAUGCACAAAUACGACUGCAAAAUCUCAAUCUUUAUCCUGAUCUCAUCACUUUCCACAAACUCACAAUCCCUCAUGUCGAUGGCCUUCCAUAUGGAGCAGAGACUACAGCUGAUGUGCCUAGUUCUUUGGAGAGUCUGUUAGCAACAGCUAUGGAUGAAUUGUAUGAUCAAAUCAAAUCAUUUCUUCAAAAUCUAAAACCCCAUUUCGUUUUCUUUGAUUUUGCUUAUUGGAUUCCUGAUUUAGCACUAGAAAUAGGGGGUAUCAAGACUGUGUGUUACAAAGUUGUUUGCCCUGCUGCAACAUCUAUCGCGUUGAUUCGAUCACCAGAUAAGACUACUUUUACGGCAUCAACUGCAGCUCAGAUAGUAAAGCCACCACCAGGUUACCCUUCUACUAGUGUGGUGUUGCACGAAUGUGAAGCUAAGUUGUUAUCAUUUCUUUUUCAUGAAUAUGGCAAGGGGGUGACAUUUUACGAACGAUCGAAGAAGGGAAUGACACGAUGCGAUGUAAUAGCGAUGAAAACAUGUAGGGAGAUUGAAGGAACCUUUGGUGACUACAUAGCAACACAAUUUGAAAAGCCAGUCCUUUACACAGGACCUGUUCUUCCAGAGCUGAAAAAGGAGCCUUUAGAAGAAGAUCGAUUAUCGAAUUGGCUCGAGAAAUUCGAGCCAGGAUCAGUAGUGUUCUGUGCAUUUGGGAGCCAAUUGAUUCUUGAAAAGAAGCAAUUUCAACAACUUGUUUUAGGCCUUGAACUGACUGAGUUACCAUUUCUUUUAGCUGUUAAGCCACCCGAAGGGACAAAUUCAGUUGAAGAAGCCUUGCCAGAGGGAUUCAAAGAAAGGGUUCAAGAAAAGGGAUUGAUUCUUGAUUGUUGGGUGCCACAAUUGAAGAUUUUAAAUCACAAAUCAGUUGGUUGUUUUGUGAGUCACUGUGGGUACGGAUCAAUGUGGGAGUCUUUGGAAUUGUGUGAUUGUCAAUUGGUACUUCUGCCAGGACCUAUUGAUCACAUUUUAAAUGCUAGGCUGAUGGAACAAGAACUUAAGGUUGGUGUAGAAGUGGAGAAGGAUGAAAAUGGGUUGUUUUCAAAGGCGAGUUUGCGCAAGGCGGUGAAAUGUGUCAUGGAUAAAGAUAGCCAAAUAGGUUGUUUUGUGAAAGAGAAUCAUAGGAAAUGGAAGGAAUUUCUUUCAAGUCCUGGCUUCAUGAGUAACUAUAUUGAUAAUUUCAUACACAACUUGCAUGGAAUUCUAGUUGAAUAGACCUAUAUUAGCAGAAAGUUACUGGGUUGGCAGAAUCCAGUAAUUUUAGUUCAGAAUCGUGUAUUUGUGUUAAGAAAUUUACUUAAUAUGUAUAAAUAAUCCAUCCCCAACCUGUUGUUGUCCUGUUUUGAGAUUCAAAACCCAUAAACUUAAAAUCCUGUAUCUGUAUUUGCAUAUGAUUGUGAUCUCUGCUAAAUUUAUCUAAGACAGAUAUUUGUACUCUUUUAGUCGUACUACAAUUUCUAAUUGUACUAAUAUUGUCAUAA